GGGGCGGGGCUGCGACGUGGGGGAAGGAUUCGGAGACGGGCUUAACGGCUCCCAGCCAAAUGGCUGGCGCAGGCUGCCCGCAAUGCAGGGUGGGAGGGGGGCGCAUGUGCAGUUAGUAGAGGCCUGUCGGGGGAAGGCUGUUGUGGCUCGCGGGCCCGCUCGCUUCCCCUCUCGCAGCGCGCGCGCGGGGCCGCGGCCCUGUUCGCGCGCGUGACGACGCCCCCCUCUCCCAAGUCGCCACCGUCUCGCCUCGCAUCGCCCCGCCCCUCCCGCCAUGGCGCUGAAUAAGUCCAUGCACGCGAGAAACCGCUACCGGGACAAACCGCCGGACUUCGCCUACCUGGCGUCCCGCUACCCGGCCUUCCGGCAGCACGUGCAGACCAGCCUCUCCGGCCGGGCCAGCCUAAAUUUCAAGGAUCCAGAAGCUGUGAGAGCUCUGACGUGCACCCUCUUGAAAGAAGACUUUGGACUUACAAUUGAUAUUCCAUUAGAGAGGCUUAUUCCUACUGUUCCCUUGAGGCUUAACUAUAUCCAUUGGGUGGAAGAUUUAAUUGGCCAUCAAGAUGGUGAUAAACAAGCUCUUAGAAGGGGAAUUGACAUAGGUACAGGGGCAUCUUGUAUCUACCCAUUACUUGGAGCCACUUUGAAUGGCUGGUAUUUCCUAGCAACAGAAGUGGAUGAUAUGUGCUUCAAUUAUGCAAAGAAAAAUGUGGAACAGAAUAAUUUAUCUGAUCUUAUUAAAGUGGUUAAAGUGCCACAGAAGACCCUUCUAAUGGAUGCACUAAAAGAGGAAUCUGAGAUCAUUUAUGAUUUUUGCAUGUGCAACCCUCCCUUUUUUGCCAACCAGUUGGAAGCCAAGGGAGUAAAUUCUCGAAAUCCUCGACGGCCCCCUCCCAGCUCUGUGAACACUGGGGGCAUCACAGAGAUCAUGGCUGAAGGGGGAGAACUAGAAUUUGUCAAAAGAAUUAUCCACGAUAGUCUGCAGCUUAAAAAAAGAUUGCGGUGGUACAGCUGCAUGCUGGGAAAGAAAUGCAGUUUAGCUCCAUUAAAAGAGGAACUUCGAAUCCAGGGGGUUCCUAAAGUUACCCACACUGAAUUCUGUCAAGGCCGUACCAUGAGGUGGGCACUGGCGUGGAGUUUCUAUGAUGAUGUCAGAGUGCCUUCUCCUCCGUCUAAAAGAAGGAAGUUAGAAAAGCCCCGGAAGCCAAUUACAUUUAUAGUGUUGGCAUCCACAAUCAAAGAGUUAUCCAUCAAGGCUUCAGCUAUGGGCUGGGAUGCUGUUGAAGGCAUAGCGGUGGUUACAAAGUGGAUAGAAAAAAUACUGACUGAUCUGAAGGUUCAGUAUAAGUAUGUUCCCUGUGGAGAAGAUGAAGUUAGUCUGUUUCUAACAGCGAUUGAAAACUCUUGGGUUCAUUUAAGAAGAAAGAAACGAGAAAGAGUAAGGCAGCUACGAGAACUUCCUCGAGCUUCUGAAGAUAUUCUGCAAGCAGUGGAAGAGAAGAACAGCCAGAAAGACUCAAAAAACAACCCAGAGUGCGAACAAAACAAGACCGAAAACUUUGAAAUGGGAUCAGUGAUGCUUGAUGAGGAUGUCGGCUCAGCCAAGAAUGACAGGCAAAGGGAAGACUCCCCUGCAAAAGAAGAAAACAAUGAGGAACGCAUGGAAAAGGAGGGCAUAGAAGCAAAGCAAGCAGAGACAUUAGUUGGUGAAUACUCCAGUGAUGCAAAGGAGGAGCCUGAUGCUUCAGAGGAUGCUGGCAAUGUAACAAUGGAAAAAGGACAAAGUCCCAAAGGAUCUAGUGGACACUUUCUUUUUAAGUGUUUAAUAAAUGUGAAGAAAGAAGGGGAUGAUGCAUUAGCAGAGAUGCACUGGGUUGAAGGACAGAACAGAGAUUUAAUGAACCAACUGUGCACCUACUUACGAAAUCAAAUUUUUCGACUGGUUGCUAGUUAGCCCUUAUUCAGAAUAUGGUAGAAAUAAGUCAGUUCUGGAUUUUUUUGUAAUCUUUUUAAUAGACUAAGAGAAAUUUUGUGCUAGCAAGGUUUUUUUAAGAUGAAAUGACCAAAAUUUGAGAUGAAAAUCAACUUUAUUUUUAAACAGCCUUUUUUAAAUACAAGGAAUCCUAAGUAUAUAAUGAUGAGGGGUAGGAGAAACAGUGCUGAAAAAGCACUUCAGUGUUCUAGCUGUAAAAUUGCAUGAUAAACGGAAACCUAUUUUAGCAGUAGCUCUGUGGUUGGUUUCAUAUGGCAACAUUACAGCUGAUUUCUGAUCUGACUUGGUGGAAAUGCAGUUCUGUUUGCAGAAUAGAAAUCUUCACUACAAUAUUACAUUUUUACAUCAUUAUUAUUGCAGGAAUAUACAGGUUUUUUCAGCCCUUACUCUCUCAGAUUAGGCUGCAACUCUGUGUAUUGUCUUUUGCAGCCAGGAAUCUUCCUUGAAGGGAUGGCACAUGCCACCCUCAUCCAUCUCCCUUCCCUAUGCAUUUGGCCUCAGCUGAGCAACAUCUUGAUAACAGGUGGCAGUUCUUUAAAUGACAGCUCAUAAAAGCACAGAAUAAUAUGGGAGAGCUGGGUAGCUUUAGAGAUGAUCAUGAAUGUUGAGUUUUUGUUAAUGGGCUAUGUUAGAUGUCACUAUUUAACACACCAGGAUUUGCAUGGAUUUUCUGCUUUUUAAAAGUUUAAAAAUGAAAAAUGAUUUGUGCUCCUCCUGCAACAUACAAGUUAAGAAAAAUUUAACUGUGGCACACAUUGUUUUAGACCAUGUCUCCCCAUUGCAUUCCCUACCCUGAUACAGGAGAUGAAAUGCAGUGUGGUGGUUUCAAGCAAUUAUUCCUGAAAGAUUAGUGUCUCUCAUCUCCAUGGACCAGAAAAACUCAUCACAGGGGAUAUAAGGAUGGAUAGGAAAACAGGUUAAUUUGAUGAACAGUGAAGGUUGGAUGGGGACAGAAUUCAGCUGUAGAACUCACAGAAUUUGGGGUACCAGCUGCUGAGGUCUUAUGCUUUUGCACAUGCUUCAGGGCCCUGUCCCCUCUCUGGUUGGAGCUGUACUGCCAGGGUUUCCUUGGGCACUGCUGUACCUGGAAUCUGUUUCCCUCAAGGGCACACAGUAGGGAUUCUGCAUCAGGCUGCAUUAAUCUUCUGGUGGUUUUCACACAGGGUUGGUGGAGUAAUUAUGGGCAUUGCUAUCCCCAUCCAGCCUCCCAAGGGAUGAGCUUGUCCAUGCAGAAGUUCUCCACAGGGUGUGGAGAGGACGGAUGCUCUCUCUGGGAAUGGCAAGAUCUGUUAGUGGAGGGUUUUGAAGUGGCCCAGUGACCAAAAAUGAGUUGUAACAUUAAGUAUGCAUUAUAGUAGUAUGGGCCAUAGAUAUAAAAGUGAAAUUCACAAUAGGGGAAAGAUAGAUACAUUAUUGAUGUAUUGCAGCAAAUGCACCUGCUCAUGCUGUAGGGAUCACUCUGAAUAUGUGGUGUUCAUCAAGGGUUCCAAGAAAUUCAGUAGAAACUGUACAUCUGUCUUUUGCACCACAGCAGGCCAGAGAAGCAAGAUAUGCUAUAUAAGUCCUGUCCUUAAUCUUUGAACCUCUGGAAAACAGUUACACAGUAUUGGAUUUGAUAUCAUAAAAUCAUUCUGGUACUUUGUUUUUAUUAAAUUAUUUUAUUUGCAUCAGAUUUUAACCCAACUGAGGUGAUGUAAUCUGACCUGGACCAUUAUUUUUUAAAAGAAUGCACUAAAUGUUGGCAAAUUGCCUGAAAAUGUCAUUCCCUGGAAGUUUCAAAUACAGCAAGUAAAAUUAAUACUAUGUUUACCAUAAAAGUAAAAAAUGAAGAGAACAUGUUUGUAUGGAAGAGACUCUAAAAUAUUUAUGCCUUUGACUUAAUGGAUUCAAUUUUGAGUUAGAAAGAUCGUUUUUUCUGUAUAGCAGUGAAGAAAAAUACUUGAGAGAACAAAUCUAAAAUUCUCAUGUUUCAUUAACCAACAGAUGUCAUGCUAGUUAACUGUUUUAUCACAGAUAAUAGGCAGUGAUUUAUAUUUGAUUAGGAAAAUUUAUAUAUAUAUAUUAAGCCCCUAAAGUGGGUUAUUGAUUGCACAGCCCAGUGGUUCUCAAACUAUGGUUUGUAGUCUGCUGAUUUUUGCGCAGAGCUGCUUCUGUGAUAAGGGAGAACAUCUUGAAGUAGUGAUACUUUACGCUAACUAGUUUAAUCAAACUUAAGAGUUUUGAGAGGUUCUUUUGGACACCUCAACUACUGUAUAGACUCGUUCAUAAGCUGAAUUUUUUUAGUAAAAAAGGGAAGCAUCAGAGAAGGGGGGUCAGCUUAUGAACGGCUAUAGAGAGGGAGAGAUGGGACACAGCCCCUCCCCCCAGCAGAGGGUGCAAGGAGAGGCAGCACAGCUGGCAGAUCCAGAAGGGAAGAGGCGGGGCCAGAGUCUCUCUGCUUCUGGCCAGGCUGUUCUCCUGCUCUCCCCCCAGCCAGCUGCUUCGGGGCUGGCAAGCUGCAGCUGUGCUGCUAGGCCCCACCCACCAGAGCAGGCUGCAGCCCACCUCGCCCAGCCUGCUGGAAUAUGUGGCCACACCGCAUGGUCUGGCCUGCCAGAGCAGUCUGCAGCUGCACUGCCCAACCUGCUGGAGCUGCUCCAGCCAGGCCAGAGACAUCCUCCCCAGAUAAAGUGGGAAUUAUAGGGUCGGCUUAUGAAUGGGUCAUAAAAAUUCUCCAUUUUUACUUAUCCAUCUUGGGGGGAUCGGCUUAUAAACGAACUGGCUUAUGAUCAAGUAUAUAUGGAACUUAAAACAAAAUAUCGAAGUCUCACAGAAACCAAAGCCCUCUGUAUCAUGUUUGGCUGUUCCAUGGGCUUCUGACAGGUGAUUUUUUAGUGUAAAUUUAGGAAGUAUGGUCUUUUGGAAAUGUAAUUAAAAAUCAGAGGGCAAUGUUAGCUCUAGGAAAGAGAUUUGGCAGCAGCUGUUCUGUGUGGUAGCUUCCUUGGAAAACCAGCAGAAACAGUCGCACAACGAGCAAGAGUUGAUCUUUAUCAUAGGAACAGUGCUGACUCCUGUGCCUCAGAGGGCAAAGUGUAGCACACCUAUGGUUGAGGUGGCCAGUGGCUCCCUGAGGGAAGCUAUGCUGCCAGGUAGGAAAGAGGUCCUACAGAGAAGAGGCAGACAGCCUCUGGAGUGCAGCUUCCAUCUCCAGCAGAUACUUGGAAUUUGCAGGGUUUGGUGCCCAUGUUCCCUGUGUUACUCAAUAUCCCCUUACUCUUUGAAGAGAGCAUUUGUUGGGAGGGCUGCAAGUUGACCUUGACAUGUAAGUUACUCAUUCUGCACAUUUGCUGAAUCCAAACCAAUGAAUCAUGCUGCUUUACAAGUGUACCUCCAUUUUCCAUCCCCUUUCCACAGAAUACAUAACUUAACCUCUGGGCUCAAUUCAGCAACAGUGUAUGUAUGACCUGUCCACUUGUGUAAUAUAUCAAAACUUACAUAUAGCAAA